UUCCCGCCUGCCUCAGUUUUCCUGCCUGUAAAAUGGGGGCGCAGCCGGAGCUAGCGCUGGAGAGCCGUGCCCGAGGCGGGCCGGGCGCGCUGCGGCCCUGCAGAGACAGUGUCCCAGGCCAGGCCGGGGCGCAGAGAAACCGCACGGGCUGCGAUCCAGCUGGAAUUUGGGCCUGGGUGGCCCGCAGGGACCCAGCACUUCCGAGCCCCGUGCUGAGUCCCCGGAGCAGGCGGGCGCCUAGAGCUGGAGUCUGUUGUACCCGGGUUUGAACCCCUGCUCCCUCCCGACGGGGGUGACAGGCGCCCCCGCCCCGGCUGUGUUGUUAGGAGGUGUUGCGAAGCAGGCGACACACGGCACCAAGUAGAAUAAAGCUGUGCGCGUAAACACCGAGUGCGGAGUUAGGUAAUAAGACUGGACAAGGGGAAAUGGAGACUCCCGAGAAGGCUUCCAGGAGGAGGUGGGACUCAGGGGCGGGAACGCCAGCCACAGAGUAUCACCUGGGCCUGCUGAAAGCCAAACUUGCAAAGUACCGAGCCCAGCUCUUGGAGCCGUCCAAAUCCGCCUCCUCCAAAGGAGAGGGCUUCGAUGUUAUGAAGUCGGGGGAUGCCCGUGUGGCGCUGAUUGGAUUCCCCUCUGUGGGUAAGUCCACCUUCCUGAGUCUCAUGACCUCCACCGCCAGCGAGGCUGCGUCCUACGAGUUCACCACCCUGACGUGCAUCCCCGGCGUCAUCGAGUACAAAGGCGCCAACAUCCAGCUUCUGGACCUUCCUGGAAUCAUUGAAGGAGCAGCACAAGGGAAAGGCCGUGGCCGGCAGGUGAUCGCUGUGGCGCGCACGGCUGACGUGGUCAUCAUGAUGCUGGAUGCCACCAAGGGAGAGGUGCAGAGGUCCCUGCUGGAGAAGGAGCUGGAGUCAGUGGGCAUCCGCCUUAACAAGCACAAGCCCAACAUCUACUUCAAGCCCAAGAAAGGAGGUGGCAUCUCCUUCAACUCCACGGUCACGCUGACUCAGUGCUCAGAGAAGCUGGUGCAGCUGAUCCUUCAUGAGUACAAGAUCUUCAAUGCAGAAGUGCUCUUCCGAGAGGACUGCUCCCCAGAUGAGUUCAUCGACGUGAUCGUGGGCAACCGUGUAUACAUGCCCUGCUUGUAUGUUUACAACAAAAUUGACCAAAUUUCCAUGGAAGAAGUGGACCGCUUGGCCCGAAAACCCAACAGCGUUGUCAUCAGCUGCGGCAUGAAGCUGAACCUGGACUACUUACUCGAGAUGCUCUGGGAGUAUCUGGCUCUGACCUGCAUCUAUACCAAGAAGAGAGGGCAGAGGCCAGACUUCUCGGAUGCCAUCAUCCUCCGGAAGGGGGCCUCUGUGGAGCAUGUGUGCCACCGCAUCCACCGUUCGCUCGCCAGCCAGUUCAAGUACGCCUUGGUGUGGGGCACCAGCACCAAGUACAGCCCACAGCGGGUAGGCCUGACCCACACUAUGGAGCAUGAGGACGUCAUCCAGAUUGUCAAGAAGUAGGGGCUCCUACUGCCCCCCACACCUCUUCAUGAGGAGUUGGACCUGAUGGGGGCUGCCCAAGUCCAAACAGGGAAAAUACAAACCCACCCCAUAAAGGAGCUCUCGAGUAUCUCCUGUUGGCAGACGUUUCUUCAGCGGGCCGAGGAUGAAGAGUGUUGGGGCAGAGGGAUGGAAGGGGGAGAUGCACUAGGCAAAGCACUGGGCAACACGUUUGCACUGAGGGCAUUAGAUGGGGGUUCUAAGGUUGGCGCUCUGGGACUGUGCUCCACUGAGGAAGCCAGCUGUGUUGCCUGCCCCCACGGAGCCUCCUUCAGAGACAUGACUGGCCCCGGGCUGGGGUGCAGAUUGGCCUGCCUGGUGCCCAGAAGGUGACAGUCAUUGCUGUGGGGACACCUUAGCCCCCCAGCCCUGCCAGCUUCUCUGGCAGUUGGGAAAGGGCUUCCCAGGAUAAAAGACCACCCCAACACACUCAGGAUCUGCCUGGUGGAACCAGACAUUAGAGGCUUUAGGUCCAGUGCCCGCCCUCACAGCCUGAACAGUCUAGAAGUGUCCCCAAGGGCCUCCCUGCCCACCUCAGUUCAGACCCCGUGCAGACACUUAAGGCGGGACUGUGGAGCUUAAGUUCUGCAUUUGUUUUGUUUUUAUCUAAGCCCUUUGAUCUCUUAAAUUUUUUUCUCAAAUAAAAGAUAAAAAUGA